AUGUCCUCGUGGUACGCAUCCGUGACCAAACUUCAGCGCACCUUCUUCGGCAGUGAACAAGACGGAGACACCGAAGACGACACGCUCGUCUGCCGCGUCCUGCGCGCCUACUACUCCGAAAAGGGCCAGCCCCUCCCCGGCUGGCUGCCCCCCGACCCUAAGGCCCCUCCCCCGCAACAACCCGUCUACGCGAGCUCCCAACCGGGCCGUUACGGAGCCGGUGGUCCUGGCAGAGGCGCGACCGGGUUGAGCAGUCUCUGGGAUAAUAACAACACCAACAACACGAGCAGUAAUGCUGCUGGGGCGGCUGUGGCAAGAAACCAAUUCGUCAACAGCCGCAACCCCUUCGCAUCUGGCGGUUCUGGCGACACGAACGCCGGCCGUCCCUCUCUUCCGUCCCAACGCGCAGGAAGCUUUACCUCCUCCGCAGGCGGCUACAACGACGCCAUUUCUCCCGGUCCCUCCAGCGCACAGGAGAAGCUCAAGCAACGGUUGUGGGGCGGUUCUCGUACUGCUAGUCCCAGUUCGGGCACGGGAGGGAGCAGCUCGGGCCCGUUUGCUCCCCCCCCACAACAGAGUGCGGCUGCCGCGGGAGGGGGAAACAGAUGGGGCAAUUGGGGGAACAGUGGGAGUGGGGGAGGGACAGAAAAGCCGGUGGUGAGUGCGAAUGCGCCUUGGACUGAUGGGAGCGGGAGUUACGGGGGAGGGGGGAGCGGGAGGGGUUAUGGGCUGCCGAGUGGGCCGCGGGCUGGGUUGCCUAGUAACCCUAGGCCGAGGUGA